UGUAGCCCGGACCGUGACGGAGCGGCGGUGAUCGCGAACGUGCAGCGGGCGGAGAGCGAACUACCGGCUGCCGGGAGGAAGCGGGGGUGGCGGGGCCGACAGCGGGGCAGAGGCCCGGGAACGGGAUGAGGUGGAGGCCCGGGAAGGCCGCUUCGUUGCUUGGGGUUGCGCUAUGCACCCGGCCUUGGCGGUGUGUUUGGUGUUCUGCGGCUGCUGCAGCAACGUGGUGUUCCUGGAGCUGCUGGUCAGGCAGUUUCCAGGAUGUGGGAACAUAGUGACAUUCUCCCAGUUCCUAUUUAUUGCAGUGGAAGGCUUUAUCUUCGAAGCCAACUUCGGGAGGAAGCGGCCAGCCAUACCAAUGAGGUAUUACCUCAUCAUGGUGGCCAUGUUCUUCACUGUCAGUGUGGUGAAUAACUAUGCUUUGAACUUAAAUAUUGCCAUGCCACUGCACAUGAUCUUCAGAUCGGGCUCUCUCAUAGCAAGCAUGGCUCUAGGUAUCAUCAUUUUGAAAAAAAGAUACAGUUUGUCAAAAUACACGUCCAUAGCCCUGGUUUCCAUGGGGAUCUUUACCUGCACUUUCAUGUCUGCAAAGCAAGUGGCAUCCGACUCCAGCUUGAAUGAAGAGGAUGGACUCCAUGUUUUCUUGUGGUGGCUGCUAGGUAUUGCUGCACUCACCUUUGCCCUCCUCAUGUCUGCAAGAAUGGGAAUUUUCCAGGAGACACUGUACAAGCAGUUUGGGAAGCACUCCAAAGAGGCCCUUUUUUACAACCAUGCGUUACCACUCCCUGGCUUUGUCCUCCUGGCUCCAAACAUCUACCACCAUGCAGUUCUCUUCAGCCAGUCUGAGCCAUUCCAGAUCCCAGUGAUUGGGCUGACCAUGCCAAUCAUGUGGUUCUACCUCCUCAUGAACGUCAUCACUCAAUACGUCUGCAUUCGGGGCGUCUUCAUCCUCACCACGGAGUGCACCUCCCUCACUGUCACACUGGUGGUGACGCUGCGCAAGUUCGUCAGCCUCAUCUUCUCCAUCCUCUAUUUCCGCAACCCCUUCACGGUCUGGCACUGGCUGGGCACUGCCUUUGUCUUCGUGGGGACUCUCAUGUACACAGAGGUGUGGAACAGCCUCGGGCCCCUCCUGGCCCGCUGGAGGAAGAGGCCGAAGGAGGAAUAGCAGCUGGAUACUCUCUGCAUGGACCUUUUUAUUGUUUUAUAGAGCAGAGCAGCAGGAAAUCCCCCUAAAGGGGUUCCUUUUUAUAACACAGGGGAGGUGUUGGCUGUGCCAAGCUCCUGGGAAACGUGGAGCCUCUGCUUGGAACCUGCCUGGAGUAAUGGAUCGUGGUGGGAGGAUACGGUUACAUUUGAGAGGUGCAUUUUGUUAUGCAACCCAUUUUGCUUCCCCCCUUUUUCCCACCCCCCAGCCCUUCACCUCCUU